UUCCCAGUUCGGAAUUUCAUUUAAUCAUCGGCGCAUCACCGAGGUCGGGCUUACGUCCCUUGAACAAAACUGUAUCUAGCAUCAUGACUUCUGAGCCGCCAUCACAGGAGCGACGCGAUUCUUCAACCGAACGUCCACCAGCCACGCCAAACGAAAUACCUUCAAUGAAAACAGAAACGUCGAAUGUACCCAAUCAAAGUACACCAGCGUACAGUGUACCCGUAAGUGGGACUGAAUCACCGACUGAAAGACCACCUGUUACACCGAAUGAGCUUGACCUUCAGACCCCUUCAGCUCUGUCGGGGGCUCCAAUGACCUCGAUUACACCCUGUUUGUCAUGUGGACGUCCUUCCACAAAGCCCAAGUCGGGAACGCCACCAGCGCUGUUCCUGGCUAUGCCUACCUCAGUACCUUCUGGUAUGCCAACCUCAAAGUUAUCGGGAAUGCCGUCCUCGUUCUCGGACUUGCCUACCUCGUUAUUUCCCAAUUUACCGGCCUCAGUACUUCGGGACUUCUCCUCGUCUGUAUCGCCAGCCAGCACGGCGCCUGGAACUCCGCGAAAAGGCAGUCAAUCACCCCGUACACCAGACACACCAGGCUCCGUGACCCCUCCUCCAUCUAGGAGACCCUCAUACGUUGAAGUUGAAGGCGUUUUGGAGCCAUGGGCCUGCGAUGUGGACCAUGUCAUGUACGCCAUUAUGUACCGGCCAUACCCCGGAGACGUGUUCGUGGCAUCUUAUCCUUGCUGCGGCGGGAGGUGGAUCGCGUACCUGCUCUAUAUGCUCACCAACGACGGUGAGGAACCCUCCAGUCAAAACCAGUUGGUUCAGGAGAUACCGCUCCUUGAAUAUGUCGGCCGCAAGGCCGAGAAGACUGCACCACCUCGGAAGCUGAAGACUCACCUUCCCGCUUCAAGGAUGAGACUCAGUCCUGCGGCCAAGUAUGUCUACGCCAUUCGAAACUACAAGGACUGCUGUGUGUCCCUGUACGGGCACAUGGUAAGGCGGGCAUCCGAUUACCGCUUCAAUGAUGGAACGUUCGAGGACUACUUUGAGAGUUUCCUGGCAGGCACCGUUGAAGACAACGACUACUUCGACCACAUCAACAGCUGGUGGCGCCACCGAAAUGAAAGCAACUACUUCUUCCUGCACGUGGAGAACCUGAAACAAAAUUUCGAGAGGGUCAUCAUACAGCUUGCAGAGUUCCUGGAAGGUCCUGCGGCUCUGCUUGUUCAGGACCGGGUAAAGCUGGAUCGGCUUGUGUCCCGGGGAACGUUCAACUGUUUUAAGAAGGACCAGAGCUACGCGGUGUCGUACCUCCGAGACGUGGACUGCUUCCUCAACUGCUUGAAUUGCGUCGACGGCUAUUGGAGAAAGCAUCUGACGGAAGAACAGUCCAGACGUUUGGACGAGAAGUUCUCGGAGCGCACCAAGGGAACGACACUGGAGCUGCUCUUCUUGGCGAGAGUAUCCAAAACAUAAAGCUCUGGGAAUUGGCAACAAUACA